AUGGACUAUCACACUGAAGACAGGUGGAGGCGAUAUCAGCAAUCUGUUGGGACCAACAGAUGCCACAACAAGAUGAUACACCAAGAUGGUACAGCAAGAUGUUACACAACAAGGUGGGACAACAUCAAGUACCAGAGGACACACAACGUGGCCCGGGCAGAUCAGGCCCGACAAGGACAGGCCCGAACAGAUCAGGCCCAAGCAGAUGAGGUCCAAGGAGUUCAGGCCCGACAAGGACAGGCCCGACAAGGACAGGCACGAACAGAUCAGGCCCAAGCAGAUCAGGUGUCCAAGGAGUUCAGGCCCGACAAGGACAGGCCCGACAAGGACAGGCACGAACAGAUCAGGCCCAAGCAGAUCAGGUCCAAGGAGUUCAGGACCGACAAGGACAGGCCCGAACAGAUCAGGCCCGAGCAGAUCAGGCCCGAGCAGAUCAGACCCAAGCAGAUCAGGCCCGAGCAGAUCAGACCCAAGCAGAUCAGGCCCAAGCAGAUCAGGCCCAAGCAGAUCAGACCCAAGCAGAUCAGACCCAAGCAGAUCAGGUCCAAGGAGUUCAGGCCCGAGCAGAUCAGGCCCAAGCAGAUCAGGCCUAAGCAGAUCAGGCCCGAGCAGAUUAGGCCUAAGCAGAUCAGGCCCAAGCAGAUCAGACCCAAGCAGAUCAGGUCCAAGGAGUUCAGGCCCGACAAGGACAGGCCCGACAAGGACAGGCCCAAACAGAUCAGGCCCAAGCAGAUCAGGCCCGAACAGAUCAGGUCUAAGCAGAUUAGGCCCGAGCAGAUCAGGCCCAAGCAGAUCAGGCCCGAGCAGAUCAGGCCCGAGCAGAUCAGACCCAAGCAGAUCAGGUCUAAGCGAUCAGGCCCAAGCAGAUCAGGCCCAAGCAGAUCAGACCCAAGCAGAUCAG